AUGGCUCUUUUCUGGGUCCAGCAAUACUAUACUCUUCCUGUUAUAUUUGAGGGUUUAGCGAUGGGUGAUGAACCACUUCUUCCCCCAAAUCUCCUACCGAACGAGAACGAAGAAAACCUAAGAGAUCCAUCCCCACAACACUCGGUACCAGGUGCCAGACAGUCAAGGGAGACCAGCAACAUGGAGUUCGAACAAUAUCCUCGACAACAAUUCGGCAUGGGUCACUUUCCUGGUGCCGGUGCUCUCGACAUGUCUAAUAUGGCAACGGCAUUGCCGGAUUAUCAGAUGCGACCAUUCCAACAGCCCCCGUUUCCGCACCAUUACCAGUCUCCAGCUGUCGCCAAUCAGUCUAUGAUGUACCAGUAUAAUCAGGGCGCGCAGUUUGCUGGUCAAACUGCCGGUAAUUACACUCAUACUUUCGGUCAACAAUAUCCUUCGCAGUACAUGCAAGGGACUCCGCCGCGACAGCAACAUCCGGCAUAUCCACAAUUCAUAGGCACCCCAGGGGGAGUCACCGCUCAGCCUUUCCAGAACCAAGGGUUCAUGAUGCAACAGCCCAUGGUUUCUACGUCCAACACACCACCCCAGCAUCAGCAACAAGGAGGAUACCCUCAACCUUUCACCAACCCGGCGUACGCAAGCGCGUACGCUGCCAGAGUCGCGGCGGCAUACCCAAUUCCCCAGUUGCGCUUGGACAGUAGCUUGGCCCAGCCACAGCAACACAAUUUCUACCAACAGACACAGAGUCAAGCCGUGCGGCGAACCAGCUCGAAUUCUUCUCUACAGACGUCCGCGCUCAGAGGGCCACCCAGAAAACCAAAGCAAUCUGGUCAUGCACUAUGGGUAGGCAACCUGCCUCCUACGACGCACAUCAUCGACCUCAAGGAUCAUUUCUCCAAGGACGCAACAGACGACAUUGAAAGCGUUUUUUUGAUCUCCAAAAGUAACUGCGCUUUUGUCAACUACAAAACAGAAUCCAGCUGUGCAGCUGCAAUGACCCGCUUCCAUGAUUCUCGGUUCCAAGGGGUACGGCUGGUUUGCAGACUGCGUCGCGGAAGCUCUUCUACGGCGACCGCAACCCCGACCCAGUCGCAGAGUCAGCCAGCGGCACCUGCACCAGAUGAGGUUGUUGAGGGUGGAGCGAGGCAAGAAGAAUCCAGCUCUGAGCAACCUAUAAUCGACGGUGACGCCGUCACGGCCGAGCCAGAGGCAAUAGAGAAGGUCAAGGAGAAAUUCUUCGUGGUCAAAAGCUUGACGGUCGAAGAUCUGGAGCGCAGCGUUCACAGUGGCGUUUGGGCCACUCAGGCGCACAACGAAGAUGCCCUCAACAGGGCUCACAAGUCUGCCGAGAAUGUCUACUUGAUCUUCUCUGCCAACAAAUCUGGCGAGUAUUUUGGUUAUGCCAGAAUGGAAUCGGCCAUCGACGACGAGUCGGCAGCCAGCAUUGACUACCAACCAAGAGCCGCCGAAAUUCCCGACCCAAGUCCCUCGGACCUUCCUCUGACCAUCCCCACACCAGCAACAGCGACCGCACCCAAAGGACGAAUCAUCGACGACUCUGCCAGAGGGACCAUCUUUUGGGAAGCAGAGAGCGAGGCACAAGAGAAAGAAUCACAGAACCCAGAGGACGAUGGCAACGUGUCGGGCGAGGGCUAUGAGUCAGGCAGUCCCGCAACGCCGCAAACGUUCGGCAAGCCCUUCAAGAUCAAGUGGAUGUCGACGGACCGACUCCCUUUCUACCGGACUCGAGGUCUCAGGAACCCUUGGAAUGCCAAUCGCGAGGUCAAGAUCGCACGAGAUGGCACCGAGAUCGAACCAUCGGUCGGAAGAAGGCUGGUCAGCAUGUUCCACCGUCCUCAGAUGCCGUCUGCCAGUCCCAAUGCUGCCAGACAACAACCUCUUCCAGGGUCUGGUGUGGGCGGUUUCAUGUCCCCACAUGCUUCUGCUCCUGGUGGCAUGUAUGGACGAUCUUACUGA